AUGGCUGAGCUUUAUAUCUUCAUGGCAGCAGUUGUUCGUCUGUUUGAGGCCGAAAUACCCACAGACAAGGACCGCAUCGACCUACUUGAGCACUACGGAUCAGUGCCCGUUGGAUAUGACUGCCCGGCGAUCUUCCACCGUAUCGCCGAGACGAUUGACUAA